AUCAAGUUCCGCCUGGGUCCCAAGAAAAUCUAUAUGGUUUCGGGCGAGAAAAACAUCCGAAUCAUCAAUCAGCCAUCGCACAGUAUCAGUCCGGACACCUUCUUCCUCGAGGUUAUGCGGAACGUCUGGGGCGCUUCUGCGGCCGAAUUGGCCAAAUUCGAGCAGGACAAGUCCGGACGGGCCAAGAACCCUGUGCCGGGUCACGAUGUGAAGCCAGGUCAGCCGCGGCUCUGGCACGGCCAGCAUCAUGUGUAUUCGGAAUUCCUCCAGAGCACCAAGCACUCCGGUCACCUGGCUGAUAAGUACUUUGAGCUCUUCUCGGACCGCCUGGCCAGGCAACCCCUCGGUGAAUGGACGGAGCUGAGUCUGAGCGGAUUCUUCGAGAGCGAAAUGGCCGAGGCGGCGCUCGUGGCAUUGAUGGGAUCGCAAAUUGUCGAGCUGAAUCCGGGAUUUUGGCCUGCCAUGUGGGAGUUUGCCCGUCUCGCGCCACAGCUCAUGUGGGGGCUCCCGAGGUGGAUGAAUUCGGCACCCUGGAAAAUUCGUCAAGAAUUCCACGCCAUGUGUCGACGUUAUGUCGAUGCCGCCGUGAAGGAGAUCAAUUGGGAUGGCCCCGAUGCUCUUGCAGAGUGGGAUCCUCGCUUUGGCUCUAGGAUGGCUCGCGAGCUCAUCAAAUGGGCAAUGAACCAUCUGUCGCCCGAGACGACGGCUGGCAUGGCUGCCACUUUUAUCUUUGGCACCAACGCAAACUCAGUCCCCAUGUCUACAUGGGCCAUGAUGGAAGUAAUUGCAGAUCCACAGUUGUAUCGAGCUGUGCGAGAAGAGUGUUUAGCCGCAAGCUCGGUCGACCCUGUCACUGGGAAGCGUACUUUCGAUGCCCAAAAGCUGCUCGCAAUGCCGGUCUUGCAAUCCGUCUACAUUGAGACCCUUCGCUUGCACGUGUCUAUCAAUGUCACACGCGAGGUCACCCAGCCCAUCACUCUGGAUGGAUAUCGUCUGACCGCCGGUUCCCUGAUUCAAGCACCAAGCCAGAUUGGUCAGUAUAAUGAGGCAGUAUGGGGUUCUCCUGGACAUCCCGCAAGCGAGUUUUGGGCGGGUCGAAACUUGAAGCAUGACGCGGGUAAAGCGGAGUUCACAAUGGCUGGGAGAACCAGCUCUUUCUUCCCAUUUGGCGGUGGUACUUCAAUUUGCCCCGGGCGUGUCUUCGCCAAGCAGGAAAUCCUCAUGACUUUGGCUGCGCUCAUUACCAGGUUUGAUAUCGAGUUUGUGGAGUGGACACACCCAGACGGGUCCAAGUCUGAUCGGCCGGCACAGAACGAUGAAUCGUACAUCGGCGCUGUAGGGAUACCACCCGAUCGAGACAUGAGAGUCCGCUGGAAAAGACUUUGGUAGCGGAUAUUACCGAAUGCGAAAGGUGAUAGGGAGAAAAACUUAACCAACAAACUGCUUCUUUUAUGUUAUGCCACGGAGUAUCAUUGCCUAACACUGUCUCCAUACUACCUGAGGAGGCUCUACGAUAUGCUCUACCAUAGUACUUUGUUAAUCAGAGCACCUUG